AUGUUAGUUCCGAGUUUGAUUUAUGAAAUUUUAGGUGUUGAUUUGGCAAUUUCAAAAGUUCAUUCUCUGUUAGAAGAUUGUGUCUGUACAGCUGUUGACUGUGACACAGGCUAUGUGUUCGUUGCUGUGAGCAAAGGGGAGAUAAUACAGAUUGAUCCAUCAACAAAAACGCUCGUGGAGUCUGUUUCUCUUCCUGAUGAAGGCUAUUUGCCUCCCGACAAGAGUGUCAUUAAUUUGCAGUAUCAACCAGAACAGCAAGCCUUGUGCAUCAUUACAGAUCAUGGCAGCGUCCUUCUGUGGUAUGUUAUGGAGCAGUCGUUGGUGUCCGUUGGUAAUGUGGAAAGUGGUCUCACCGGUGCAGCUUGGAGUCCUGAUCAGGAAUUAUUGAUCCUUGCUACAGGGGACGAUAAACUGAUAUUAAUGACCCAAGAAUUUGAUUCUUUGAAUGAAACAGUAUUGCAUCCAAAUGAAUUUGGAGAAGCUGAAUUUGUGAAUGUUGGUUGGGGUAAAAAGGAAACCCAAUUCCAUGGGUCUGAAGGAAAGGCAGCAGCUCAAAAGAAAGUUGAGCAAAAUAUCAAGCCUGCUUUUGAGUGGGAUGAUCAUAAAACCUACAUCAGUUGGUGUGGAGAUGGACAAUACUUUACGACUUCAACUGUUAAUCCCCAAACAGGUGCCCGUCAGUUAAGAGUAUGGACACGAGAAGCAGUUCUCUAUUCUACUGGGGAAACGGUCACAGGACAAGAAAAGUGUCUUGCCUGGAAGCCCAGUGGCAGUUUGAUUGCAAGCUCUCAAAUGAGACCAAAUAAGCAUGAGGUCAUCUUCUUUGAACGGAAUGGCUUACGGCAUGGCGAGUUCACUCUCCCAUUUCCUGUUGGUCAAGUACAAGUGAAAGGCAUUUUUUGGAAUGUUGAUUCCACUGUCCUGCUGGUUUGGUGUGAAGAUCUGAAACUGGAUGAAGGAAAUUCCAAAUCUUAUGUCCAACUGUGGUCAGUCAACAACUAUCACUGGUAUUUAAAACAGAGUCUACACUUUGAUGCUAUUGCGGGAAAGAAAGUCGUAUCAGUCAUGUGGGAUGCCGAGCAUGCCUAUGUCCUGCAUCUCUUGACAGCUGCAGGCUGUUACAUACAGUACACGUGGUACUGGGACAUUGACGUCUCAUCUGAUAGCACAGUGGCUGUCAUUGAUGGUAACAAGGUUCUUGUGACGCCCAUGGCAAAUAUGGUUGUACCUCCCCCAAUGUCAGCAUACCAGCUUGUUUUGCCGGCUGCAGCAAAUCAGGUCUUCUUUUUCUCACCUGAGCAAUCAGAAAGUCAUUGUAAUAUACCUGUAGAUAUUGGAGUUGUAUUGGUCGACGGGCAGAUUGCAGUUUUUACAUAUGAGAAUGCAAGUUCUCAGCCGGACAAUUCUGUAAUUGUUGCUACAGCUGGUGGUAAUGGGUUCAGUGUGAAAUGUUUGCUCCCUCAUCUCCAGGCCAUUUAUAAGCAGCCAUUUGCUGAUCUUUUGGAUGGUUUUCCUAUGGAUGCUCACCGAUUUUUGGGAAUCGGUCCUCAACGUUUACUCUUUUGUUGUGAAGAAAAUGAUACCAGUGUCCUGUGUCGGGUCUCACUCUCUCCUGAUGAGCAGUCAUUGAAGGAAAUUGCCAAAGUAAAAGUGUCUGCUAACAUUUACCAAAUGAUCUUCUGUGGAGCAUUAAAUCUUGUCUUCAUCCAGAAUCACCAUGGGGUAAUAUCAACUUUUAACCCAGAUACCCAAAGUUUUUCAGUGUGGGAGUUGGCUUCUGGAGAAAAGAUGAUCUUUCCACAACUUUGCCCAAACAUGUAUGUCUGUAAAAUUGGUCAACAGGUUGCUGUAUUAGGCUUGACUUCAAGGCAUCGUUUUUAUAUUAAUAACACUGAGGUCAUGACUAACUGCACUUCUGUGGCCAUCCAUGACGACUUCCUUUUGAUGACUUCUCUUUCUCAUACUUGCCGCUUCAUCAGUCGAGACACUGCCAUGAAAGCUCUGCCUGUAUUACAUGAUAAUAAAGACCAGCCUUUUGAUGAGGUUGUCCGUCGAGUGGAGCGAGGAUCACGUAUUGUGACAGUUGUUCACGAUCAAACAAAACUUAUCUUACAAAUGCCACGUGGAAAUUUAGAAACCAUUCACCCCAGGGCAUUGCUGUUAUCUUCUAUAAGACAAAAACUGAACAGUCUAUUUUACAGGGACGCAUUGUUAAUGAUGCGAAAACACAGAAUAAAUAUGAAUCUCACUUAUGAUCACAAUCGUACAUCUUUCUUGGCUAAUGUUCAAACAUUUAUUGAACAAAUCAGUUCGUACAACCUUUUAACUUUAUUCCUGACUGAUCUGAGUGAAGAAGAUGUCACUCUUAGUAUGUAUGCUGCUGCUUAUCCUGGUCGUAGUCAAGAUUCUAAGGAGAAUGUUACAGAGGCUAAAGCGAAAGUGAAUGUCGUUUGUGAUGCGUUACUCAAUGCUUUAUACGAAGCCAACAAAGAAAAAUUCUUAUUACCAAUUAUCACUGCCCAUGUGAAGAAGAAUCCUCCAGAAUUAGAAAAGGCUUUAGAAUUGUUUCGAUUUUUUUUUUCUUUCUUUUUUCUUCUUUUUCUUUUUUCUUCUUUUUCUUUUUUCUUCUUUUUCUUUUUUCUUCUUUUUCUUUUUUCUUCUUUUUCUUUUUUCUUCUUUUUCUUUUUUCUUCUUUUUCUUCUUUUUUUUUUCUUUUCUUCUUUUUUUUUUUCUUUUUUUCUUUUCUUCUUUUCUUUUUUUUCUUUUCUUUCUUCUUUUUCUUUCUUCUUCUUUUCUUUCUUCUUUUCUUUCUUCUUCUUUUCUUUCUUCUUCUUUUCUUUCUUUUUUUCUUUCUUCUUUUCUCUUCUUUUCUUUUUUCUUUUUUCUUCUUUCUUUCUUCUUCUUUUCUUUCUUCUUCUUUUCUUUCUUCUUCUUUUUCUUUCUUCUUCUUUUCUUUCUUCUUCUUUCUUUUUCUUUUUUUCUUUUCUUUUUUUUUUUUCUUUUUUUUUCUUUUUUUCUUUUUUCUUUUUUUUUUUCUUUUUUUUUUUUUUUUUUUUUUUUUUUUUUUUUAAAGAAAAUGAAUUUUCUCCAAGCAACAUUGUAUCUCUUGAGGAAACACUACGCCACUUAUUGUGCAUGGUUGACAUCAACCAACUUUAUGACAUCGCUUUGGGGAUGUAUGACUUCGAUAUUGUCCUUAUGGUUGCUGAAAAAUCACAAAAGGAUCCAAAAGAAUACCUACCUUACUUAAACAGCUUACGUCAAAUGGAAACUAAUUACCAGAGAUAUACGAUUGAUAAGCACUUGAGAAGGUUUCCCAAAGCCCUGCAACAUAUUACGAAAUGUGGUCCUGAGAGGUUUAAUGAGUGUCUUCAAUUUAUUGAACAACAUAAACUCCAUAAAGAAGCUCUGCAAUUGUACGAGCCAACUCGGGAAGAAUUUCAGCUUGUAGCUGCCAGUUAUGCAGGUGAGCUGAAGGCACAUAGAUUGUACGAAGAAGCUGCUGUGAUGUAUGUAAAAGCUGUAGAUUGGGAAAAUGCCUUGCAAUGCUUCCAGACAUCCCAUAAUGCCGAGCAAGUGAUGUGCAUGGCCCAAAGACUUGGCUACACCCCAGAAAAAUUGGCAAAUCUUGCAUCAUCCCUUGCAGGAACGUUAAAAUCUCUCGGCCAUCAUCAAGAUGCGUCCAUGUUGUAUGAACAAUAUGCAAAUGAUGUUGAAGAGGCCAUUGUGACUCUCAUCGAUGGUGGAUUUUGGGAUAAAUCUUUGCGAUUGAUGCACAAAUACGACCGGACUGAUUUCAUCGAAAGUAAUUUAAAGGAUGCGAUUGUUACUGCUUUUCAUGAUCAAAUGGAAUCUUUGCAAACUUUCCACACUGAGUUUAUGCACUACAAGAAUCGUUUGUUUAUUGUCAGAGAAGAAAAGCGGAAAGCGCGGUUAGAGAUAUUGGAUGAUGAAGGUUGCCCUGCCAAUGUUGACCUCUAUUCAGAUGCAAGCAGUGUGGCUGUUGACAGUGUCGUCUCUCACGCCAGCAGUUCAAGUAAACGGUCGGGCACCUCGUCACAUUUUAGCCGUUCAACAGGGAGAUCAUCACGAAAUCGACGGAAAGACGAGCGGAAAAAGUGGUCUUUGAAAGAAGGAAGUCGUUAUGAAGAAUAUGCUUUGCUUGAUGCCUUGGGAAAAAUCAUCUCUCAUAUGGACAGUCUUCAAGUGGACAUUCAUAAGCUUCUAUUGGCGAUGGUGCAGUUUAAUUAUGACGACAAAGCAUCGGAACUGCAGGAUUUCUACAGCUCUUUUCUGGACAGUAUUGAAAAAGCUUUACCCUCUCUGCAAGAAACGGUCGAAACUGACCAGAGUCAGAACCAGUCUUUCACUUUUGGUCCUGGUGUCACUGCCAAUGUAAUUGCCGAAGCUGUUCAACAGGGUCAGAAGCUCCCCACGAGUAAAGCUCAAGAUUCUUGCCCCUCUAUUCCAAGCAAACUUCAUCAUGUAAAAUGGAAAUUACACAUGAUUGGAAAAAAUAAAUGA